CAAUGCAUUGCACUGCCAACGUAUGCAAACAGGAACAUGGCUACCGGCAUUUAACAUCAGCAGUCCAUUUUAAAAAUACAAAUCUGUCGGCCUGAUACAGACUGUGGCAAUUUGGCAUUUGCUGUACGCCCGCGACAGAAAAAAAAAUCUUUCUAGAUUUUAUCAGCGGAGCCAACGAACCCUCUGAACACAGCGUCUUGUUGUUAAUCAGUCUCUGGCAGUGUGUGUCAAUAUGGCAAGUCCAAGGACAAGACGAGUUCUCAAGGAAGUGAGAACUCAGGAUGAGAAUAACUUGUGUUUUGAAUGUGGGGCCUUUAACCCUCAGUGGGUUAGUGUGACCUAUGGAAUCUGGAUUUGUCUUGAGUGCUCUGGAAAACACAGGGGCCUGGGAGUACAUCUCAGUUUUGUGCGCUCUGUCACCAUGGACAAGUGGAAAGAUAUUGAGCUUGAGAAGAUGAAAGCAGGGGGAAAUGGAAGAUUUCGUCUGUUUCUUGAACUCCAAGAUGAUUACGAUCCUAACUGGACAUUACAGGAGAAAUACAACAGCAAAGCUGCUGCACUCUUUAGGGACAAGGUUGCAACUUUAGCAGAGGGCAAGGAGUGGUCCAUUGAGACUUCCCCUGCCAGAAACUGGACGUCUCCUCAACCAAAGACCAGCCUUUCAUCCUCUCAUCGCUCUGGGGGACCUGGUCAAAGCUCAGCUACAUCUAGUGACAAAGCUUUUGAAGACUGGUUAAGUGACGAUGUCAACUCUUAUCAGAGUGGAGGGGGUUAUAGUGGCAAUCAGGAAAAUCGUUAUGUUGGCUUUGGCAACACAGUACCCACAGAGAAGAAGGAGGAUGACUUUUUGAACAACGCCAUGUCUUCUAUUUAUUCGGGUUGGAGCAAUUUUACUGUCGGUGCUAGCAAGUUUGCUUCUAUUGCAAAAGAUAAUACAACUAAAUUGGCAAACCAAGCGACCUUAAAGUUAAGGGGCUAUAAAGCGCCCCCAGAACCGGCCACAGAGUUAGGACAGACAAUAAAUGAGAAUGUUAUCAGACCUACCCAGGCAAAGGUGAAAGAUGGGAAAUUGCUAGAUGAAAUGAGUGUCAGCAUCACUGGGCUGGCAAACAAGGUUCAGGGGGCUGGUGCAAAAUUAACCAAUCUUUUCACUGGAAAACCGGAAGAUGGGUCUGCUGGAGAGAGCUACCAGAACAUGGAUGCCACUGAGGGAUAUCAAAGCAGUUCUAGCCAGCCUGUGUCAAAGGACUUCUGGGAAACCUUUGGUAGCAACAGUUCCUUAAAGGCCAAAAAAUCUCCCAGCAGUGACAGCUGGACCGUCGCUGAUAACUCGGCGAAGAAGAGCUCUGACAGUUGGGACAAUUGGGGCUCUGAAGCCGUAUCCAACAACAAAAACAGCACAGGCGAAAGCUGGGAGGCUUGGGACAACAACUGGGAGAACUCAGAGGGUAAGACGAAGAAGAGUCCCACAAAACCCUCUGAGGACGCCUGGGAUAAUGCAGAGUGGUAGUGACCGCACAACCGUACAUCUCAUCCUUUUCCCACUUUGCCAUCUUCCUCUAACUCACACAUUCUCUCCCUGUUCAUCUCACUGUCUCUUUCGGGAAAAGAGCUGUGUCAGCUUAAUUCCUGCCAGACAGUCCAGUAUAUAUUCAAUUAUACCCAACAAUCCCAACAAGAUGAAGCCUGGGGUCAAGUUAGGCUCAUUUAUUAAAUGAUUAUAUGUAUGAGAGGAUAUUGACUAUAUAAAACUAUAUUAAUAUGCAGUCAUGUAUAUUACUGUUUGUGACACUCGUCACAGGGAUACAUUAGUGCAGAUGUCCUCCUAGGGUGAACAAGCCAGUGUUCAUAUUCUAUUGUGGGUUAAAUGACACUGGUUUUCAACUCACCAGCAUGAAAGAGGAAGUCUGACAUUGUAAAUAUGAAUCACUGUAAAUACAGUAUGACUGAUUGAACCCUAGUCACAUUGUUUUCAAAUGGACUCAUUCUGUCCCGACCUGUUGCAUAUUCUGUUUCUGUAAAAGUAAGGAGCAUUUUUGAUUUAAAAAAAUGCUCUGUCAGUUUAAUAAUUGAAAAGUAUUAUAUUAAAUUAAAGAAGAAUUAACUACAGUAACAACCUGCCAUUAAUGGAAAUAUGUGUGGAUAUUCCGUAUCACUUUAAUGUACCUUUUGCAUUACUUUAAGUUUAAUAAUGUCUGUGCAAACAGUCAAGGGAUUUGGAAACAGAGAUAAACAUCAAGAACAGGAAAUGACGCCACACAAUGCUCACAGCCAUUGGCCCAAAAUCUAUACCACAUGGACAAAUGGUCAAAUUUCUUAGAUUAAUUAAUGAUAUAUCGCAUUGGUUUCUCACGUACAAGUGACAUAAAUACAUACACUGGCUAUUUAUUUCUUUUCUGUGCCAAUAUAUGAUCAAACUUUAGAACAUUCAGUCUGAAUGCAACCAUAAGCUUUUUUUAUGGCUGGGUUCAAGCACACAUGGCACUGAAAUAAAUUAGUUUAAUUUUGUUCAGUUUAAUUGUAUACAGCCAAAUCGCAAUAAAAGUCAAGAUGAAAGAUAGUGGGUUGGUUUAAUAGAGAGCAAUCAAGCAGCGCCUCUCUCUCUCUCUCUCUCUCUCUCUCUCUCUCUCUCUCUCGCACACACACAAGCUCACCCAUCUAUAUACCACCUAAAAAUAAAAAUAAAACAAGAAGUAAUCCUAAACGAAGUUGUUAUUUUUUCCACCCCUACACGGGACUCUGGACGUGAACUUGGGCUCUGGCCAUUCUUGUCAGUCCUGAGCUACCUCCUUGUGAGUCACUUUGCAGGAAUAGAAAUAGUGUUUUAUUCAUUCUAAAGGAUAUGAUCAAAAUCUGUACAAAAAUGUAAUUACUGUUGCUCUAUUAAUAUAAUUAUAGGGAGACAUGGUUGGCUCAUGGUUUAUUAUAAUAAAGACAUUAUUUAACACAGCUUCUCAACCUAUAGGUUAAAGUACAGUUCACACAAUAUCAACAUCUUUAGCACCAUAGAAGUUGUUUUUAUUGCAUCCCUUUCCCUUUGUCAUUUUGUAAUCUGCCAGUGUUUUCUUUUGCUUGAUACUUGCAUAAUCAUAAUUUCAGUUGAAGCUCCUAAACUAAUGAUUCAUUAUCUGAAAAAAACAUUUUGGCACACAGAUAUUACUCAUUUUAAUAAUAAAUAUUCCCUAAUUUAUUUAUAUUUAAGACUCUCAGAGGUGAGGGUUUUAAAUAGUUGCUGAAGAAGAUUACAUGCGUUUUUUGGUAACUUGUAAUGUAAUCUAAAAUGUAUGUACUGUAUGCAAGUGUGAAGUUAUGUUUCGAUAACUGGAUGCUAAAUAAGACAGUGGACAAGACUGUCAUCUGCAUGGCGUAGUUGCUGAACCUGUGGGCCUGUAACCUUAGCUGAAUUGAGAGCUUAUAUGAAUUGCAUUUUAUAUGAAGCAGCUCCAUUUGUGCUGGCGAUCAUUGUACUUGUUUAUGUACUGUAAUGAUUUGAUGCCAGAGAUCCCAUCACCCUUAUCUCUUCAGUACUUAUUUGCUGGAUGAUUAAAUGCUCAUGACCACCAAACGCUUAUAUUAGUCAACCUAGUGCAUCCCUGUCAGGAAAAAGCAUCAGCGCAUAAUUGUUCAUCCUAAUUGCAGAUAUAUCAUGAAACAGUCAUUUUAAUGUGAUGAUUGUAAUCAGCGGAGUAUUUUGUUUAGCCUGUCCAUCAGGUAAUCUUAAAAACUAAAAAUUAAAAAAGCUGACUGUGUCAACAGCUCACAAAAUGUGCAGCACCCGACUUCACAAUGUGGCCUUUAAUUAAUCUCCUUUAUAAAUACUGUAGUGUUGCACCAUCAUCGUACUGUUACUGGCUGGAAAGCUGUGAAUUCUUUUGUACAGUACAUGUACAAGCAAAUUAGAUGCUUGUCAAAUAGUCUCAUGUUACUAAUACCAGAAGAUAUUUUAGUAGUCUAGAGUUGUGGUGCUCUUUGGCCAAUUGUCAUUUAUAACCUACUGGAUAGUUCAUUUUGCUGCACUGCUACAUAUGGUUCAUAUUUAGGCUUACGGUUGGUCUAAGUGACAUUUUACUGUCUUAGACUUUGAAAGUGUCAGGGCCUGUUCUCUUUCUUUGAUGCCCAUUUCCUACCUCUAAAAGUCUUGAGUUUACGGCCAAGUACCUGAUAGUAAACAUGUUGUUUCACCUUUCCUCUUUUUCUUAAUGUGUCAUAUCUGCGACUCAUCUUGUCUUUGUUUGGUCUACAGUAGUGUUGUGUGUUUCAGUGAGUGUAACGAUGUAUGACCUGAUCAUUCCCAGACCUUUUGUAUCCCUGAACCCCUGCAGUCACAUUCUUCUGUGGGUUUGUGGUUUCAAUGCCUUAAUGCCAGCUGUUUGCUUUUUCUUGAUACAGAUGUCAGUUUACGUCUCUGAUGCAGUGAAUGGUGCAUGUCAGUAAUUCUCCUUCCGAGAUGUCAGAUUAUAUAUCGCCACCUAUUACUGAAGCUUUGUUAGUUUAUCUGAUAAUAACAUGACAAAACAUGUGCUGUAAUAUCUCACUGAUAACAUCCAAAUAUUUAAAGAGUCAUAAAUGUGUAAAAGAGCACAUAGUUAUUCCUAUUUUUUGGUGAAUGUCUGUUUAGGUUCCUGAUAAACCAAACUGAUGAAAUGCAGCUAGUACGUCUUUAUAUAAAGAAACAUUUAAAAUAAAACUAUGCUGUUUUUCCACAUAAUCUGAGUCUAAUACUAAGCCUGAACUUUCCAGAGCAAAGGUUUAAGUGUCUGUGCCUGUUGAACAUAGGACAUAAGGUAUAUUUGUCUUUGUUGAUGAGACCGUUCUAUGAGAAAUACUAUUUUUGUCAUGCAUGAGAUGUAACAUGGCGCUAAAUACAUUCAGCUGUUUUUAAUUUGUAAUAAUUGUAUCAUCAGUGUACUGAGUUGCAGUGUGUGUUUGCCACCUUUCACCAGCAGCCAUCCAUGAGGUGAGCCAGUGUUACCUGCUCCGUUUACGCUGUGGAUGUUCUCGUUUACAUGGUUUUCAUGUUAAAUAAAAGCGUACUGUGCUGUGAAUGUGAUGGUCCUCUAACCUGUUGUGGUGUGAUGCAGAAUCUCCAGUCAUGUUCAGACUUCAUUAAAAUGUAACAUGCAUGACCAUG